GAUGGAGAGAACUGGACAAUGUCUCAGACACCCACCCUUUGAAGGAGACCGCCAGGCUCAGGCACAGAGAGGGAUCAGAUGUUGAAGCUGGGUUUGUGGGUCACGGGGAGCCCCAAGGACCCGCCCACUCACUGUGCGCUUCACAGCGUCAGUUUGUGGGAACUGUCAGACCAGGUCCAGUGACCGGGGAUUUCUCAGAGGCCUUGUCAGUUCACGGCAGCUCUGCGCAGCAUCGAACUGAGGAAAUUGUGGCUGGACAGACGGCACCACAGCUCUGAUACCACAGCCUCGCAGCUGCCCAGCAGCUGCUGAGCCCUUGCACACCAGACUAUCUGGUGGGUGAAGGGGCUUCCUCUCUGUCUUUUGAGGAUGCUGAGGCCACCUGACCUUUCUUUCCUCAUCCACACACUCACCUUCCUUCUGCUUCUCAAGCAGCAUCAGGGAGAAGAACGCCCAGGUGAUACUAUCCAAAAGAAUGGCGUCGUGGGAAUGCCUCUCCAGUUACAGCCUCCAAUCCUUCAAGACACAGACAGAAUUGGAUUCUUUAAUGUGGAAGGUGAACCAAUCCUUCUCUACUAAGACUCAGGCCAUAUGUAAUUGGAAAAAAGAAAAUAGUAUGUUCGAAAAAUUUUCUCCUCCUAUUCAUCUCACUGCUACAUGUAUAAAGGAAAAUUGGACUCUUCACAUUGAGGCAGCAAAGAAGCAGGACAGCGGUCACUACAUACUGCAAAUCACCUAUACUAAUGGCACUGUUUAUACAGUCCAGUUCAAUGUUUCCGUGUUUGAUCGUGUCAAGAGGCCCGACAUACAGGAGGACUGGAAGACCCUGGAGACAGGAACAUGUCAACUGACUCUGUCCUGCCUGGUUUCUAUGGAUGGCAACGUGAACUACACUUGGUACAGAGAUGGUGAACUGCUCCAAAUGGAGAGCAACUUCACCUACGUGGAACUGUGGAGUGAUGCUAAUAGCAAUAACACAUAUACCUGCAAUGUCAGCAACCCUGCCAGCUGGGCAAAUCACACCAUCACCAUUAACCAGGGCUGCCUGAGUGCCCACCAGGGAUCCAAAUUUCUGCCCUUCUUGGUGGUCAUCGUGAUUCUGACCAUGCUGUUUCUUGGCGCCGUCAUCUGUUUCUGUGUGUGGAGGAGGAAGAGGAAGCAGUCGGAGACCAGCCCCACGGAAUUUCUGACAGUUUAUGAAGAUAUCAAGGACCUGAAAAUGAGAAGUCAAGUAUGGCAUCGUAGGGGCUGGAGUCUUUCUCAAUGGGUUUGGAAAAACGCUCUUUGUGGGAUGGGCAUUCAGACCAGGCACAGAGAGCUGCUCAGCUGUCCUCUGCAAGGGACCCUCAGCCGUCCCCAGCUGUCUUCUCUCUGCACACGACCCUAUCCCAUGUCUGUGCAGGAGCUUCAGCAGCAGCAGCAGCAGCAGCAGCAGGAGCAUCGGGUGCAAGAGGAGGAGCAGCAGAAACCCCCAGGAGGGAGCACCAUCUACUCCAUGAUCCAUGCUCAGGCACCUGCUUCUGUUCCACAAGAUGCUUCGAAUGCAUCAAAUACGCUGUAUGCACUCGUACAGACCUCCCGGAAGUCUGCAUCCAAGGAGAAGACCCGCAGCUCUCCUGUCAGUUACUCCAUCUACGAUGAGGUUGGAAGCAAAACACCUAAAGCACAGAACCCUGCUCGAUUGAGUCGCAAAGAGCUGGAGCACUUUGAUGUUUAUCCCUAGGUGCUGGAGCCAUUCUCACUUCUCCAACACAUCAGCAUCUGCUUCGGGAAUUAGCACAGUGGAUGAUGCUACAGGAAUCUCUACAGGAAAGUUCCUAGUCAGGAAGGGAUGUGGAAAUCUGUUGAUGGCCUAUGUUUUGUUUUGAAGAUGAUUUCUCACAAUCAUGAUAAGCAUAAAUCUGUUAAGUUUUAUCUCCAAACUAAUAGCCAGGACAUGAAUGGAUGGAAAUGCUGGAUCAUUCCUAGAACACAUCUCAGGUACUAGUAAUCUGUCAAAUGUUAUGGAAAUGCCCGUUGGUGCUGAUGUUAGCAUGGAGAUUCCCUUUCUCAGGUUUCCUAAUCUGUUCUGUGGCUCCCAUUCUCCCAGAUCUGGAAUGACUGCAUUCCUAGAUCCUCUCCCUGCCUAGAUUCAUCUUCCAAAGCAAGAAGAGGAAAUGAUGGUGACUUCAGGGCAGAGUAAGAUGUCCUCCUUUGUGAGGUACAUUUUUUGGGAUGUUGCUGGCAUAUUCUCUGAGAUCAGAGGUUGGGCUUGACUCACAUGAAGAUGAACAACUUUCUGCCAUAUCUUACACCCUACUUCUGGCCAGCUGGUCACAAAAGGGCAUGGGCAGACAUGAGAGUUGAUGGUGCAAAGCAACCCAUCCCUGAAAAGAAA